AUGCAUAGGGUUGCGUUCAUAGUGGCAGCCAUUGUUGACGAAGAAGAAAACGUCUCUCAGAUAGGAGUUGAUCGAUGUGAAGAUUUAGUUUAUCGCGACAAACACACAAAUCUGGCACGGGUACUUGUGGCAAAUGCAAUUCGAAAUUGGCGACAUCUAAGAGCUGACAAUGUCACUGCAAUAACUGUCAUGUUUGAUUCACCUUAUGCCGACUUACCUGUGGACCAUCCUUGUGUGGAGGAAUACAUUGGGAACAAAUGCUCAAUAGACAAAGUGUUCGUGGACGACCCAGAGUGCAUGGUAAGGGUCUCACCGUCGACAACACUGAAACUGUACACUUAUCGCACUCCUAUUGUCUACAAGGGUGCUCGUGAUCCGCACUUCUCAGUCGUUGAAUACACUGGGCCAGGAUUUAUGACACAUACGGAGGAACGUCUUUUGGAGGAACGGUACUGCAAAGCGUAUCAAGAGGCCCAGCGAGAUGAUAAUAGCUCUAGCAAUAAACUCGAACUAGAAUUUUCGACGACUGACUGUAAGAGAUUUGACGUUGAUGUUGUGGCUGCGAGCAACUCGGGAAGUCAUGAAGAGGAAAAAAUCGCAGUAACCUCUGAGAAGCAAACACCUCUGAAAGUUGGUUCUGCCGAUGAAGAUGGCACGGACGAGGAAGAGGAGGACUCCUCAAAUGACGCAACCUGCACCACUUCGCCUUUGGAGUCCCGUGUUCGCAGUGUGGAAGAACGUAGUGGACGAAAGAAGCGCGUAACCAGAUCUUUAUCAAGAUUGUCCAAUAUGGACAGUGUCACACCAUCUCGCAUUACCACUGGUAUGACGCUCCGGCAUACAGAAGGUAUAGUCAUUAAACGAGGGCCCUGUCGAUCACAAUGUGUCAAAGUGGAGGAUAAGGCUGUUCUCGGCACCACAUCAUUGCAGGUUCUUACUCCAUCGGGCCCCGUCGACAUCAAAAUACACGUUGCGAGCUCGUUAACUCCAACUUUUGGAAUGAUUACCAGGUCCCGCGACCGUAAUGCAACCACUUUACUGGUAGAUGUAAGGUCACCAACGCCCAGAAAUGAAACAAAGAGCAAUAUGACCCCUCAACUUCGCAACAUCAUCAAUGAUACUGGCUCUCUGCCCACACCAUUGACAGGCAGCAGGAAGAGGUCUCAUCGUCUGAUAGCCGAGUCAUCUGGAAUAACUCCUGUUGUGCACCGACUGAGCCUGGAUAUACCACGCAGAAAUUCUGGAGAUUUUGAUAGCAGUCUGACCGCUGUUGUCCCAGGAAAAGUCAGAAGCGCGCCAUCGACGCCCUCAAAGGUUUGCUUUUUCUGUUCAAAUUAAAG